UUUCCCAGCUUCAGCAAUCACAUUGUGAACUUGCGUCUUUCACUUGGAGAAGGAAAUGGGUAACAAGCCUGUAAAGGAAGAAGUGCAAAGGAAGGAAGAGAUUCUAGUGAAGGUGGUUCCUCCUCUUGACAAAACAUAUGUUCGAUGGCUUGCACGAGAUCUUGAAAGGAUUCAUGGAUUCACUCCAAAGAAUCCACAGGCAAUUGAACCACCCCAACAUUAUAUUGAGUACAUGCGUCAUAGUGGAUGGUUGGACUUAAACCUGGAUGAUCCUGACCUUGCCCACCUGUUCAAGUGAGAGAACUCGUGUUACAUUUUCUUUUAAUGCAACAAUGUCGUUGGUUUUUGUUUUAAGGUCGCCAAUCUUUGUACGAUAUACUCUCUAGGUUGCGAAGUGUGAUAUAUUCUCUAGGUUGCGAAGUAUUUGUAUUACAGGCUCUGUAAUCAUUAUCCAACUUACGGAGUAUAAAAUAGUUUGCUACUUAGUUGCGAAAUGGUGUUUAUACCGGUGGUGGCGACUUUGACUUUUCUUUAUCACUGGUAAGAUAAUCUGAUGAUGGUGAUUUUUCAUGUCCA